AUGAAAGGCCCCCUGCUCCUGUCCCUUCUGCUGGGGACAGUCGCUGCUCUCCAUCUGGAGAAUAAUGGCCCCAGUCUGGACAGCCGAGAGACAUGGGCAGACCUAAGUCAGAAUCUGGAAUGUUCAGGGGGGCAGGAGGGAGACCCGGCCCUGACCCAGGAGGUGAUUCAGUCUGAGGGAGAGGAGACCAAGCCUUCCGGAUAUCAGGACACAUAUGCAGAUGAGGAGGCCAUGGAUUCCGACCCAGCUGCCCUAGACAAGGACUUGCAGUGCCCCAAAGAAGAGGGCACGGUUUAAAUUCCGGGCAGUCCUGGGUGCGAGACUUGCCGCUUCCUGUUGGUGCGGAACCUCGAGAAAUUUGUAAACGCUCAGAAUGUCUGCAGAAGGUGCUGCAGGGGCCACCUUGUCUCCAUAUACAACUACAACCUAGGUUAUCGCAUCCUGUGCAUGGUCAGAGGGGUCGACGAAGGCCAGGUCUGGAUCGGAGGCUUGCUCAAGGGCUGGCUAAGUGAGUUCCUGUGCCGGAGAUUUCAAUAGACUGAUGGGAGCUGUGGGAAUUUUGGAUACUGGGCCCCAGGGCAGCCUGCGAAUGGGGAAGGCAACUGUGUGGCCCUAUGCACCAGAGGCUGA